AUGAAGCUCAACAUCUCCUACCCUUCCAAUGGCAGCCAAAAGCUGGUCGAGAUCGAAGAUGAGCGAAAGCUCCGAGACUUCAUGGAGAAGCGCAUGGGCCAGGAAGUCCCCGGUGACAACCUCGGCGACGAGUUCAAGGGCUACAUCUUCCGCAUUACCGGCGAGCAGGGUGUCAUGCACCCGACUCGUGUCCGACUCCUCCUCGCCGAAGGCCACUCCUGCUACCGACCCCGCCGCACCGGAGAGCGCAAGCGCAAAUCGGUCCGUGGCUGCAUCGUCGGCAUGGACCUGUCCGUCCUCGCCCUCUCCAUCGUCAAGCAGGGCGACAGCGAGCUCCCCGGCCUGACCGACGUCGUCCACCCCAAGCGCCUCGGUCCCAAGCGCGCCACCAAGAUCCGCCGCUUCUUCGGUCUCAGCAAGGAUGACGAUGUCCGAAAGUACGUCAUUCGACGUGAGGUCCAGCCCAAGGGUGAGGGCAAGAAGCCGUACACCAAGGCUCCCAAGAUCCAGAGACUGGUUACCCCCCAGCGCCUCCAGCACAAGCGCCACCGAAUCGCGCUCAAGCGCAGACAGUCCGAGAAGGUCAAGGACGAGGCCAACGAGUACGCUCAGCUCCUCGCCAAGCGUGUUUCCGAUGCUCGUGCCACCCGGGCCGACGCUCGCAAGAGAAGAGCAAGCUCCAUGCGCAAGUAG